CUCUACACCACUUUAUUUUUGUAGUUUUAUGAAAUGUUGGAAAGAUGUAUAGGUGCUGACCACGUUAUUACUUAUGAGUCUUAUGACUGAAGAUGAGCGUCCACUAGGUUUCAUUUGAGAUCUCCUGUAUGAAGUUUAGGUACGUAUCAAGCCGCCAAUGGGCACAUGGACAUUCCCAUCUUUCGAACGGAAGAGGGCAGAUAUCUUGCUAACUCUCUCGGCGAUCCUUUAAUUAAAGGUCUGACCGAAGUGGCAAACGUGAAACCGAAAGAUCCGGUCGCGUUCCUUGCUAGUUUCCUACACAAUUUUCCAGACAAAGAAAAGCCUCAAUUAGGUACGCAGGAAACAAAUCUGAUAGUAACAAGACAAGCGGCCGAGGUGGAAAAUGACCAACCACCGCCGGCGGUGCAACCUUCGAAAGGAGUCAGGAGCGGCUCACGUACGGCGACGAAGCCUCACCGACCAAUCGACGUCGUCACUGUUGACCCACAAUCCGAAAACAGCCUGGAUGGGCCGGAGACAGCAUUCAGUAGUGCCACAAGGGAUGAGCACGGCCAAUCAAUGCUACAUUUCGCAGCGGCACGUACCCACACUCGCAAUGCCCUAUUUCAAUUGUUACAAGAGUCCGACAUAAGUUUGGGAUACCGAGACGAACUGUACAGAACUGCACGCGACGUCUCAAUACAAGCCAACGUACUUGAGAACACUGCUGAGAUAGACAGAUGGGUGCUACAUUUAGCUGCGAGAGGGAACAAAGAGAAGAUUAUGGAAUUAUUAUUAGAAGGUUACGAUCACAUUUUGGACGUGGUCGACGAGGACGGUUUGCCUAUAACUGAAGUAAUUGCACAGCGCGGCGAUAGCGAGAUGGGAAAUCUACUAGAAUCUAUACCUACCUUCGAGGAGUCCAGAGAGUCCCUUCACGCAGCUGUCCGACGCGGAGAUUUGGCAGCAGUUGAAGAGGCUUUAUCGGCAGAAGGCGGGCGAACUCUCGUUCGCGCCCAAAACUCUUUCGGUCGCACCGCUCUUCACAUAGCUGUGUUGGCUCAACAUGAAGAAAUCGUGGCAUAUUUAGCGCAAACUCACUCAGAGUUACUACGAAUAGGAGACAACUUGGAACGCACACCAUUGCACUACGCAAUGGGAGUCGAGAAAAUAGAAUCUCUUAGCAGGGUACUGAUCAGAGCUGGCGCAAAACGGGUACUCAAAGAUCUAAAGGGCCGACAACCCUCUUACUACUUUAUGAAUAAGUCGGACAUAUUGCGGUUAAAGGAAGAAGAAGAAGUGUAUUAAAACAAACUGAAUGAUGAAUAAAGAAAAAUAUUGUGAUAUUUAUCAAUGUGCAGCGACGGCAUAAAGAAACCUUUUGUAAACUAAUCGUUUGGAUACGCGACAUCGACAGAAAUUGUGUCAUAGACGCUUCUUAUAUUGCACUUUUAGCAAAUGUCAAUAUUUUUGUUAGAAAUUAUGUUGUAUCCGUUGAUAUAUAAAAAACCCUAGAUACACAGAGAAUUAAAAAGGGCACUGAAAAUUAAUCGCAUUUUAUGAGCAAUGCACUAUAUUCUAAUCAUUCUAUAAACAUUUGUAGUCAACGUAGCGAAAUAUUCGUACAAACUAUAAAAAUAUAACAUCUAGACAUGUAGUUUCUUAUUUACCUACUAUAAGCAUCUUUGACUUAUAAUAACCAUUAAUUUUUUCCUUUUAAAUUCAAGGCAGUUUUAAAUAAAACUUUUAUAUGACAUUGUGAGUCUUGGGUUUUUUGUGUAUGAAUGGUUGUACCAAAUUAUUAGACGUGUGCCGAAUGAUAUCGAGUAGUGUUCGUCCUUUUCUAUGAUAUUACAUGUAAUUUGUACUUGACGGGACCCUAUUAAAUAAGAUCUUUAAAAAUUUAAUAUUAGAAAUAAAAUUACUAAAGUAUA